CUUUGCUCCAAGGGUGUAGAAGGAGAGAGGUGGUUUCUCCGGGCCCCUGAAAUCAUCGGCAGUCCCUCGUGGAUAAGGAAGCGGCAAGAUGGUGGUAGUAGGGAAGACGAGCGCCAUCGCGGCAGGGGUGUGCGGGGCCCUGUUCCUUGGGUAUUGCAUUUAUUUCGACAGAAAAAGGAGGAGUGACCCCAACUUCAAAAACAGGCUGCGAGAGAAAAGAAGAAAACAAAAGAUUGCCAAAGAGAGAGCAGGACAGUCAAGGUUACCAGAUCUUAAAGAUGCAGAGGCUGUCCAAAAAUUUUUCCUUGAAGAAAUUCAGCUUGGAGAGGAGCUAUUAGCUCAAGGUGAUUUUGAAAAGGGUGUUGAUCACUUAACAAAUGCAAUUGCCAUUUGUGGUCAGCCUCAGCAGUUGCUACAGGUUUUGCAGCAGACCUUACCCCCACCUGUUUUCCAGAUGCUACUGACUAAGCUACCAACUAUCAACCAAAGAAUUGGAAAUGCGCAGAAUUUGGCUGAAGAUGAUGUGGAGUAGGAUAUGUUGUACAUGAUGUGCAGAAAAUUCCAUUUUCUUCACCACAUUAGAUUGUGGCUGUAAACAAUGCAAGUAACGUUGACAGUAUAAAUGUAUUGUUGCUAAGAAAGAAUACAAAGGGUUAUACCUUUAGGUUUUGGCAGAAACAGUAGGAUUUUAGUUAAUGUUUUUGGAAAGUGUGUGUAUUUGAUAAACCAUUGUGUUAACAAAACAAAAAUGUUAUCUGUAAAUGUUAAGUUUUCCUAUAAAAUAAUUGGUCAAAAUGUACAUAUCACAUUCUCCUUUUGUUUUUGACUAAAAGUGACAAUAAAAAGAAUCCUAUGUCCUUUU